UUACUAAUUCCGUUGUAUUACAGACGAGUCAAAAAAUCAAUUAAGUUAUGAAAAAUACCAUUAAUUGCCUUUCUUUGUCACCACAGCCCCAGAAGAAAUGGCGGAUCUACAGAUGGCGGCUGUUUGAGGAAAAACCCUCCCUGUCUAACGAGCUGUUUGCCGCCGAUAUAAACCGUCUCCUUCGACUGGAAUAUUCAUGGUUUCUAGAUGAGGAUGAGCUGAUAGUUGAGAAAGUCUGGAAGAAGACGCUGGACAGAAGAGAGUGGCUGACCGGAAGAUGCCAAGAAAAAAACAGCAGAAUCCACAGCCAGUCAAAUUGGAUUCUGAAGAUGGUCUAGCAGUUGAAGCUCCUGGAAACCUUCCCUUAGACACAGACUUUCUUCUAGGACAAGACCUUGUGUUUGCUGAUGCAGAUCAUGAUCGAAUUCUAGGCCUGGACAAGUUUUCAGAGGUAGCUGCUGAGAUUGGUUUCUCCGUGUGUUCUCUGGGUGAUGAGGAGAGCUCUUCCUACAGCCAGCUCAGUAUGGAGAGUGAAACGGACAACUCGAGCAGCACAGCUGAAAACAGGAGAGGAUACGAGAGUAAAGGGACCCAGUCUGAGCCAACUUUUCCUCCUUACCUUUCCUGCAGGGGCUGUGGACAGCUCCGUGAUGAACCGCUUGGACCUGGCAUGGACCUUGUUGGGCCAUUUUGCCUAAGGUGUUGCAAAGCCUCCAGGGAGGCAAAAAGCACAGACUUCUGCUCCACUUUCGGGAGCAGUGCUGGGAUUCGCUCAGGUUUACAGAUUCGUCCAGAAUCCCAGUCUGAUAGUGAGGGGUUGGGGAACGGGGAGGAUGACAAGGAAGAACUGUCCCCUGAGGACAAAUUGCUCAAGCAGCACUCGUGUCACCUCUGUGGCUUCUCCUCACGCUAUGCCAACCACGUAAAGCGUCACAUGAAGACGCACAAUGGGGAGAAGCCCUACAACUGCCCUUUGUGCACUUACGCCUCAGCCCAGCUGGUUAACCUGCAGAGACACCUGCGCAUCCACACUGGGGAAAAACCUUACAAAUGUGAGACUUGCUCCUUCGCCUGCAGUUCCCUUGGAAACCUUAAGAGGCACCAGCGCAUGCAUGUGCCUAAUUCUCCACAGAUGCCCUCUGCAGGGAUGGGACAGGACUCCCCAUUGCAGCCAGCCUGUGGCCAAAACAGCCUGAAGAGGCCUAUGAAUGAGCAAAGACCAGACAAGGAGGCGAGUGGGGCUUCAGUGUCCGAAGUUUCCAGGCCCACCUCUAACCUCCCGUUGGGGACCCAGAACAGUGACUACCUUGCAGUCUUUGAUAAUUUGAAAGGAGCAUCACCACCCCACAUCCCUGCCUCAAAUCCAGCACCUGGCCACCAAGCUCCGCCCCUGCUGGAGAUGACUGGCAGCAGCGGUAGCAGCAGGACUACUCCAGGGGCCGUAGCAGAAGGUGCCACUCUCCCACCUUCCCUUUUCCCUUUUACCUGCCGGCUAUGUGGGAUCGUCCUUGAGGACGAGGAUGGUUCCUCAGCCCAGAUUUGUGCCAAGUGUACUCUUGAAAUGCUGACUAAAGACUCCUCUUCAUCUCCGAAUAGCCCAGGUGAGCGCAGUGACAAAGUCUACACAUGCGCCGCCUGCCCCUUCCUCACCCAUUAUCCCAACCACCUGGCACGCCACAUGAAAACACACAGCGGCGAGAAACCGUACAAGUGCCCCCAGUGCGACUACGCCUCAGCGCACUUCGACAACCUCAAACGCCACCACAGGGUGCACACGGGGGAGAAGCCCUACAAGUGCCAUCUUUGCGACUAUGCGUGUGGAAACCUGGCCAACCUCAAGCGGCACCAGCGAGUGCACUCCGGCGCCAAGCCCUUCCAGUGCCCUGUGUGCAGCUAUACCUGCAACCAGAGCAUGAACCUAAAGCGGCACAUGCUGAGGCACACCGGUGAGAAGCCGUACAAGUGUCAGGAGUGCGGCUACACCACCGGCCACUGGGACAACUACAAAAGACACCAGAAAAAACACGGCGUGGCCACAGACGGCUGGGUGAAGGUUCCCAUGAUCGGCACCGACGUAGAGGAGGACGAGAGAAAAGGGAUGGGAGGAGGCAUUCAGACUCACAGAAAAGAGGCUGCAGCUGAUAUGCAGUACAUGCCGAGGGAGGGGGGCUCUGGGUGUACACUCAAACUGCAGACUUAAGGUUGCAUAAAUUCUAAGACGGUGAAACGAAGCUACCAGCAACUUGUUUUUGAUUGUUUUCACCGAGCCUUUUUUAUGGUUUUGAUGUGCGUCCGUCUUGUUACGUCUGAUCUCUUCUAUGGCUGCUAAUUAUCCUGUAAGUUGAACUCGCUGACUUAUUAAUUUUUUUAUCUAUCGAUGCCUUUUUGGGGGUGACAGUUUAAUUUAUAUAAUUUCUUAUGUCAAAAUAGAAAAAGGGAAAUCAGUUUUUUCUCGGUCUGAUUGUAUAAAUUUCCCCUCCUACCUUCUGAUAUUUUACUCCUACACUACAUGGAUGUUUUCAUCUGAAAGGAGGAAAUAACCAAAUAUUGGCAUCAUUGUGGAACUCCUUUAUCUGCUUCAGCUGCACUGUCAACUCCUUUAAACAGCAUUAAUGCACUUAUGAGAUAUUUUUCAUAUCAACCUUAAAUACCGUUAAAUGGGUUCAACAUUUUUUAACAUUGUGAGCUAAAUUACUGCUAGAUUUAUGCCACCAUCUGUCAGCUUCCACAUCCGAUUUUUUGAUGUGCCUGCCUAAGAGCUCACAGUGCAACUGUAAGCAGGUAGGCUCCGGAGAGGACCUAAUUGUGCUUUUUUUUUUUUUUACUGAAGUUCAAGCUCUUGGUGUUAUGCCUUCAGAUUAAUGUAUUUAUCAAAGUGCUAUUUAAUGAUACAGAACUU